AUGAAUCGUUUCGCCUUGAACAUCGUCCUCGGGGCGAUGCUCCUCGUCUCGCCAGUGUCGUGUUUGGUGUCGUGGUGGACGGAGGUGAGCCCUCAUGUGGCCAUGCAAGAUCCCGCCACGGGACACAUCUUGUACAGUUUGUGCAACAGCAACCACACGCCCAUCUUCCCCACAGACGGGAAGAACGCUCUAAAUCUGCUGAAGAGAGCUCGAAACGGCACGGCCCUCGCCGGGGCUGGGUGGUACGACGCGAAGAAGUUGAAGACAGUGGCUUCACUGUUCUUUAUCAACGAGGACGGCUCAAUCGUAAACGGAUAUUUCGAGUGCGAUAUGAACACCGGCUUCUACGCCACCAAGGGUGAAUAUGUCAUCUCCUCCACAGCCGGCGUCCAGUCCAUCCACCCGCAGACCGGCCUGACAGUCGAGCUGUUGGGCGCAGAGAAUGGUUACCGGGUUUUCUUUCACGACGAGAAGAAGAGGGUCAAUGUCUUGUCGUAUACAACAAAAACGGACUGGCAAUUACAGGGCCAGAUUUCCCAGGAGGUUGUGCCCACCAUGGCAUUAUCGUCGGUGCACUCCGGUGUGGCGAAUGUGUCCGUCAUCUUCCCCAAAGACUCGGAGACACUUGAAAUUUCGAGAUACUACAAGGAUGACAGUUGGCGUAUUGCCACGCUACCUCGUCCUCUUGCAAACAACACAGUCACAAACAACACAGAUGCGGCCAACAUCCUGCUCGAUUCCUCGAUGACGCCGAACUUCACGCUGCCGGCGUGGCCACGUAACGUGACAAGCUUCGCCGCAUCGGUGGAUCACUCGUACGUGAGAAGCAUCUUCUACAUAGGAACAGAUGCCAAGCUGCACCAAGUGUCGAAUAUCAACUGGGCGUGGACAAUGAUGCCGGGACAAGCUGAGCGCCUGUGGCCCGUGGCUGACGAACCGGCCGGCGCACUGACAUCAACGAACAACUUCGACACGAACGAAAUAUGGCUGUGGUAUCGCUCGAACGGCAGCCUGGUACAGGUGUACCACAACCCCCAGGGACUCUGGGUUGACGCAACUACAGUCCCCAGUUUCAAUACGACCCCGCCAGCAGACGGAGGAUCGGCAUCGCCGACUGAGACAUCGGGCGCAACGGCGAAACCGGCGGUUCUGUCCAUGGAAGCCAAGGCGGGCAUCGGUGUGGGUGUUACAGUAGGGGUUCUUGCCAUUGCGGGUAUCGGCAUCUUCUUCUUCGUGCGACGGAGAAGGCAGCAAAUAGAGGCGGAGGAGGCCCGGCUGAAGGAGAUUGAGGCUGUCACUCGACAAACAUCCUUCGGGAACAGCAUAUACGGAGCCGGCGGAGUGGGGCCGUACUCAGAGUACGGAAACCUGGUGUGGAGUCCCGAGGGCCCAAGAGAGAAACUCGGGACACCAAUAUUGGAGGCAGACACUAGAGAUAUAAUGCCGCCACAAGAACUACCCGUCGGCGAGAGGCACGAGCUUGUCGGAGAGGGUCACUUUAGAGAAAUGGACGCAACAGGGCAGAAUGCUGCCAGGAGAAGCAUUGGAGGCUGGAGGGAGGCGCAGGCCGAUAGGCAAUAA